GGCCCUCUGGAGCUCUCAACUCUGUUGUACAGUGUAAUGCCUCCAUGUUCGAGUUCAGUACCGAGUGACAUGGUAGAUGGUGACAGCUUUCAACGAGUACAUCCUCCCCACGUCUGCUUCCCUUCUCGUCCAUAUCCAUACGGUACCGAAGCUUGAUCUUCCUUUUCCUCACGCUGACUCAUGUCCGUUCGGAAGACCUGCACCCGGGCCCUUGCGCGAACAGCUUUCUCUUCUCAUCAUCUGACUGCGACGGCCUGCUUAUUACGGCAAGCUGCCCUCCGGAACCUCUACUCCACACGGACUGCUCGAUCCAACAUGGGGGCCAUCGCUACCGGCGUCGUCGAGACCAAGCAACGAGUCGAGAGACUGCGUGUGCUCAUGAACAAGCAUGGCCUGAACGCCUACGUUGUCCCUUCGGAAGAUGCGCAUUUCAGUGAAUACCCCGCCCAACGUGAUCUUCGAAGAGGCUACAUCUCGGGGUUCUCCGGGUCUGCAGGUUGCGCCGUUGUGACCGAAAAGGACGGCCUCCUUUUCACCGAUGGUCGCUACUUUUUGCAGGCUGGACAACAGUUGCAGGCCGGAGUGUGGACCUUGAUGAAACAGGGCGAAGAUAACGUCCCAACCUGGCAAGAGUUCCUGCACAAGAAGCUGCCCAAUGGCUCGCGCAUUGGGGUCGACCCUUCUCUUAUCACUGCCGAAGAUGCUCAAGCGCUGGAAAAGGAGCUGGUAAAGAAGUCCUCCAAACUCGAAGCCAUCACGCAGAAUCUCGUCGACGAGGUCUGGGAUGCCGAUGGAAAUCGGCCGCCCAAGCCUUCGGAACCCAUCUUUGCACUCGAUGACAAGACAGCAGGAAAGAGCUACGCAAACAAGGCGAAAGAUCUGCGGGAAGAGCUAAAGAAAAGGGGCAACGUACAAGGGUUCGUUGCAAAUAUGCUGGACGAAGUUGCCUGGCUAUUCAACCUGCGCGGUUCAGACGUGCCGUACAAUCCGGUCUUCUUCGCCUUUGCGCUCGUCUUGCUUGACCGCACCUACCUCUAUGUCAACGAAAAGCAGCUUGACGGUAGCGCCCAGGCUGCACUCAAAGGCUGCCAUGACGUCGAGCUGCGGCCGUACGACACUUUCUACGAAGACUUGCACAAGCAUGGCAGCGCACUUCCAGCCGACGGCAAGAUCCUGAUCGGCAAGCGUGCAUCGCUCGCCAUUAUGAAAGCGCUCGGCGGAGAGGAGAAGGCGAAGAUCGACCGGUCGAUCGUCGUCGACCAGAAGAGUAUCAAGAACGCACGCGAACUGGAAGGCUUCCGCGAAGCACACAUCCGCGAUGGCGCGGCACUCGCGCAAUACUUUGCCUGGCUUGAGGAGGCGCUGAGCAAAGGCGAAAAGGUGACCGAAUCGAGUGGCGCGACGAAGCUGGAAGAGUACAGGAGCAGGCUAGAAGGCUUCAAAGGUCUGAGUUUCAGCACCAUCUCCUCCACCGGUGCCAAUGCCGCCAUCAUCCACUACUCGCCCGACCCAGCGUCGUGCCCGGCCAUUGACCCGGCGCAGAUCUACCUCUGCGACUCCGGCGCACACUUCGACACGCCCGGAACGACCGACGUCACGCGCACGUGGCACUUUGGCCAACCAACACAGGAGGAGAAGAGAGCCUUCACGCGUGUGCUGCAAGGUCACAUUGCCAUCGACAGGGUCAUCUUCCCCAAAGGCUCGACUGGGUAUAUUCUGGAUUCACUCGCUAGGAAGGCGCUCUGGGAGGACGGUCUAGACUAUAGGCAUGGGACCGGUCACGGAGUUGGCUCUUGGCUCAACGUCCAUGAAGGCCCACAAGGGAUCGGUACGCGCAUCGUGUUCAACGACACGACUCUCAAGGAAGGCAUGGUGAUCAGCAAUGAGCCUGGCUACUACAAGGACGGCAGCUGGGGUGUCCGCAUCGAGAACCUUGUGGCCGUGCGCAAAGCCACGACACCCAACAACUUUGGUGGCAAAGACUUUUUGUGCUUCGAGCAUCUGACCUUGUGCCCGAUUCAAGUCUCGCUGAUCGACGCUGCGCUGCUGCUGCCGUACGAGAAGCAUUGGAUGCAGGAGUACCAUGCAGAGGUGCUGCAGAAGGUUGGGCCGGUCCUGGAGAAGAUGGGUGACGAGAGGGCUCUGAGGUGGCUGCAGAAGGAAUGUAACGCCAGCAUCGCUUGAAACUCCGCGGAUAUGCCUUGGAGCCCAACUGAACCUGGCUAGUUGUUCCGGCCCGCUCCUUUGCGAUUGGCUCCUCGCGCGCUGAUGCCCGUGCGUCUGAGGAUUUCAGUGGACUGACCGCUCGAGCUCCUUGCGUCGAUCUGCCGGAGGUAUUUUCAGUCCAUCACCAUCCACCUACAUGGUAUUGCAUGCGAGUGUGGGUGCCAAGUAGAUCUGGAAACGCGCAACUGCGUUCCGACGGGCUUGGACUGGUAUUUGUAAACUGCGACAAGGACGCUGUCGGAAACUGGUUAAAGCUGCAUUUUGUCGGUUGUCGUUCAAGCCGGAGGUGUGUGGAGUAUGGGCGCGCCUUGAGCAUCAAAGUCGACCAGGUGCGUGACCUCUACCGCUGGUGUG